GCGAGGGAUUUGCCCAGCAUGUCUUCACUGUCAGAGAAGGACAGACCAAUUGUUCAGCUCUUGCUCAGCACUGGCACUUGCCCACGAUGUAUUUUGAGGUUCUGCUGCGUGGGAUCACAGAUGCUCUACAGACAUCCACACAAGGAUUUGAUGAAGGAUUUGCAGGAAUUUCUGAAGAACAGUCAGGAAAAAGAAGACACAGUCUGUUUGGAUGUGGCUGACCCACCUUGUAAGAGACUCAGGCUUGAACGUGGGGAAGAAGGAGCUGAUGAUCUGAACCACAACGGAGCCAUUCCCUCUGCUGACGAUGGGAAUUCUGCCACGGAGAGCCCGGCUGAGAAGGUUUGCAACGUGUGUUUGGGAAUUCUGCAGGAGUUCUGUGAGCCUGACUUUGUUAAAAAGGUGUGCCAAAAAGUUAAUUCUGCUGACUACCAGUUCACCAGUUUUGUAUUUUCUGUGUCACUACCCCCACAGCUGUCUGUCAGGGAGCGUGCUGCUUGGCUGGGGGUGAAGCAGCAGAUGAGAAAUCUGGGCCUUCCCUUGGCUAAGGAUGACAUCGUUCAGCUGAAAGAAGCUUAUAAGUGGAUUAUUCAUCCCCAGUUGUCUGAAGAGUUGGGUGUUCCUGCUGAUGGAAAGAGUCUGUUUGAAGUUAGCGUGGUCUUUGCUCACCCAGAAACAGACGAGGAGUGCCAUUUCCUAGCCACAGCCUGCCCAGACUGUUUCAAACCGGCAAAGAACAAACAGUCUGUUUUCACCAGAAUGGCAGUUAUAAAAGCCCUGGAGAAGAUAAAAGAAGAGGAUUUUCUCAAGCAUUUUCCAUGUCCCCCAAGUUCACCAAAGACCCUCUGUGAUGCUCUGGAAAUUCAGUGCAAUAAUGGUGCAGUUUUUGUGGCUGGAAGAUACAACAAAUAUUCCAGGAAUUUACCUCAGACUCCCUGGAUUAUUGAUGGGGAGAGGAAGCUGGAAUCUUCAGUGGAAGAAUUAAUUUCAGAGCAUCUAAUGGCAGAAUUCAAGGCAGACAGCUUUAAUUUUAGUUCCUCUGGAAGAGAAGAUGUGGAUGUAAGGACACUGGGCAAUGGAAGGCCCUUUGCCAUCGAGCUGGUGAAUCCUCGCAGGAUUCGUUUCACCGUGGAGGAGAUGAGGAGGCUGCAGCAGGCAAUUAAUGACUCUUCAGACAAAAUACAGGUUCGAGAUUUGCAGCUCGUCACCAGAGAGGCAAUUGGUCGUAUGAAGGAAGGUGAGGAGGAGAAGACAAAGACCUACAGUGCCUUGAUAUGGACAGACAAAGCAAUACAGAGAGAAGACAUCGCGUUUCUGGAUGAUAUCAAGGAGCUGAAGCUGGACCAGAAGACGCCUCUGCGGGUGCUGCACCGGCGGCCUCUGGCCGUGCGCUGUCGCCUCAUCCACACCAUGAAAUCCGAGUACAUCGACGAGCAUCACUUCCGCCUGCACCUCAAGACUCAGGCAGGAACCUACAUUAAAGAGUUUGUGCAUGGAGACUUUGGGAGAACAAAGCCCAACAUUGGGUCCCUUCUGAACAGAACUGCUGACAUUCUGGAGCUGGAUGUAGAGUCUGUUGAUGUUGACUGGCCUCCAACCCUGGCUGAUUAACUUCUGGAGCUGGGAUGAGGAAGCAGCAGCUCCUUGGCAGCAGCUGGUGACCAGACACUGUGCAUUGUUACAGCCUGGGUGCCAGGGGUGUCCCUGGAACAUUUGGAUCAUGUUGAUCUGCCAAAGGAUACCCUUGGGCUCUACUUUACACACUCUGGACCAGGUAGUGUUGGUUCAAUGUCUAGCCUUACUUUUAUUUCUUCUGCACGUAAAAAGAUUUUGGGGAACCAGUGUAUAUAACCCUCCAUCAAGCCAGAUUUUAUUUUAAACUCUUUUUAUAUUGGAUACUACAGCUUUCCUCGUGUGGAUGCAGGUAACACUGAGUUAUCUGACACCCACUCCCAACUUUUUCUGAGCAGUUCAUGCAGAAAAUCCCAAAAGCCAGGGAGUGCCUGCAGCAAGUUUCCCUGAGACAGUGACUUAUUUUAGAUCAGUGGCAGUAGAGAUGAGCAAAUUUGUCUCUCAGAGUGCUUUUCAAAGGGGAAAAAUUUUCAGAGGAAAACUGCACUUAAAACCAAGUUUUUCUCAUUUAAAAACAUUGGGGAUGCUUCCUAGAAACAAGAGUUGAGGCCUCACCAGCCCUCUUGAAGACCAGGAAUUCCCCAGUGAGUCACAAUGUACAAAAAGACUGGGAACUCCUGGCAGUGGUGCAUGAUGGGAAUCUAAAGAAAAACAGGAAUACCAAAAGUAUCAAAAUGCAGGCAGAAACAAAAGGUACCACAGGAUGCCGGUAUCGAGAGAGAGAUAAAAAGCUGUGAUUUAGCAAUGUAAUAGGUUUUUUCUUGUACCUCACCUUGGAUGGAUGCCUGGAAGAGUUGAACACAGCCUAGGAACUUGCCUGGAACAGGGAAGAUCUGAGGUUUUCUUUG